GAUGCGAUUACAGCUCUUUUUGUUAUGCCUUGGUUCUAGACGCACGACCCUCUGUGGCACCUUGGACUACCUCCCACCAGAAAUGAUUGAGGGGCGCAUGUAUGAUGAGAAGGUGGACAUCUGGUCAUUAGGGGUGCUGUGCUAUGAGUUCUUGGCAGGCAAGCCCUCCUUUGAAUCCACAUCACAGUCAGAAACCUUCAGAAGAUUGCUAGGUAGAUAUCAAUUCCCAUUGCACUUCUCUGAAGAGGUCAAAGACUUAAUUUGUAAGUUGCUACGGUACAACCCAAAGGAGCGCCUUAGUUUAGAAGGAAUAAUGGAACACCCAUGGAUUAAAAUGCACUAUGACCCUUCUGUUCCUCCUCCAAAUCCAUGUGCCAAGUGAAGUUGUCGGUAAAGCUGCUGUGGCCCAAGUUCUUUGAUAAGUUUCCUUCUUGCAAAGCAUUUACAUAUUUCUUAUAUUAUUAUUAUUAUUUUGAUCAUUACCACAAUUUUAGAUUGAAUAUUUGGAAAAAUUGC